AUCCUCAUCUCGCUGCUCUUCUCGCUCGGACUCGGUGCUCAGCAGCUGUCGCUGUCGGGGAUGUACGGCAGCCUGUGCUCACCAAACUUCCCGGAGCCGUAUCCCCGGGACAUGCAGCUGCGCUGGAACGUCAGCGUUCCUGACGGCUUCCAGAUCAAGCUCUACUUCAGCCACUUCGACCUGGAGCCGUCUUACCUGUGCGAGUACGACUACGUCAAGGUGGAGGCUGAGGGGGAGGUGCUGGCGCUGUUCUGUGGGAAGGAGCAGACGGACACGGAGGCGGUGCCGGCUCAGCAGGCCCUCACUUCCCCCAGAAACUCCCUCAGCCUCCUCUUCUCCUCUGACUUCUCCGACGAGGAGCGGUUCUCCGGGUUCGUGGCUCACUACAGCGCCGUGGACAUAGACGAGUGCAGCGAGCGGAGUGGCGAGGACGCGCUCUGCGAUCAUUUCUGCCACAACUACAUCGGAGGAUACUACUGCUCCUGUCGCUAUGGUUACCGGCUGCACUCUGACAACCACACCUGCAGAGUGGAGUGCAGCAGCGAUGUGUUCAGGGAACGCUCCGGAGUUCUGAGCAGCAUUGACUUCCCUGCUCCGUACCCAAAGAGCUGCGAGUGCUUGUACCGCAUCGAGGUGGAGGAUGGCUUCAGGCUCCGCCUCCAGUUUGACUCACACUUUGAUGUGGAGGAUCACCCUGACGUCAGCUGUCCCUAUGACUACAUUAAGAUUAAAGCAGGAAGUGCUGUGUUCGGUCCGUUCUGCGGCGAUCGAUCUCCAGGAGUCAUUCAGACCGACAGCAACGUGGCCUCCAUCGUGUUCCACAGCGAUAGCUCUGGAGAAAACCUCGGCUGGAGGCUCGGCUACACGGCUACAGGAAGUCAAUGUCCCGUGCCCAAUACUCCGCCCAACGCCCUGAUGAACCCCUUCCAAUCAGAAUACUUCUUUAAAGACCACAUCCUGUUCACCUGUGAGCCUGGAUACCACCUGCUGAAGGACGGAGGUCACCUGGAUCACUAUCAGAUCGACUGCCGGGCCGAUGGAUCAUGGAGCGACCGUCCUCCUCCGUGCCACAUGGUGGAUUGUGGGAGUCCAAAGAUGGUCGACAUGGCUGACGUGGUGUUUGGUAACCAUGACAACAGCACACUGUUCGGUGCGACCGUUCAGUACGUGUGCAGGGAGGGCGGCGUCCAGCUUAACACUUCAUACAGGUGUGGUCUGAGUGGAGACUGGGUUGAUUCAGAAGGAAGGAGCACAGUACCCACCUGUCUGCCAACCUGCGGCCAGCCAUCCCGCCCUCUCCCCCCUCAGGUGAAGCGGAUUGUGGGCGGUCGUAGCGCCGAGCCUGGCUUCUUCCCCUGGCAGGUCCUGCUCAGUGUGGAGGACCUGUCCAGGGUCCCAGAGGAUCGCUGGUUCGGCUCUGGGGCCCUGCUGUCGGAGUCCUGGGUCCUCACAGCUGCCCACAUCCUGCGGUCCCUGAGGAGGGACACUAGUGUCGUUCCCGUGGCCGCUGACCACGUCAAGGUCUUCCUUGGUCUCCAUGAUGCCAGAGACAAACGUCGGGCCACCAACCUCUCCGUAGACCGGAUCUUCCUCCACCCGGACUUCCAACCCAACAACUACAACAACGACAUCGCCCUGCUGAGGCUGAGUGAGCGGGUGGAGUUUAACCAACUCAUCCGUCCAGUCUGUCUCCCACUGCCUCACACACAG